ACGAACCAAAAUAGUCAAGCAUGGAGUGGAAGGGAUCCCGGGGAAAGUACCUGGAGAAAACGGCGUGCCCGCUUCCAUCCGAACAAAAAAAAAAAAUCUUUGCAAAGUGCCAGCCAAAUACGGUAUGAUACCACGCUAUAAAUAGUAUCAGCUCCACAGUCCACGCAAUAGUCCAAAACCAAAAGCCACCGCUUUUUAUCUCCUUUUAACGCCCAGUUCUUCCGCUGAAAACUAGGUGUUGCCGACGAUCCGCUCACCUACCUCCGCCCACCACUCGUUCAACAAUAUUCCCCUCAAAUCCCAACCCAAAAUCCUUGGAGAGCUCUCUGUUUUCCUUUAUCGUUCUGAUUUUUUGUUUGUACGAUGAAAUCUUGGCGGGUCUGAUUGACCAUAGAUUGGGAGCAGGGGAGGGCGAGCGAUGGCUGUGAAGGCGGUUGGGACGUGGGUUGCGGGGUUCUGCGAGACAGGGCGGAGCGAUAUUGGGGGUAGGAGGGCCAUUGCCGGUGCGGCGGGUCCGAAUUGGAGGUCGGAGGUGUCGACGGUCGGAGGGAGGUUGGAGCGCGCAGGUGUGUGCAUGAAGCCUGUGGAGGAUGUGAAGCCUAUGAAAGAUGAGAACUUCUCGUCGGUGCCGCCCUCGUCGGAGGUGGAUGGAGAAGCGGGCAAUGGGGGUGCAGACAAGCAGCUCGGCAAGUUGAACAGAGAUCUCCCAAGUGGAUUAUUGCCAAAACCAUUAUCUUUAACUGAUCUAACUGUUUCUAGCCAUGGAUCUAAUGUGCGUGUGGCAUAUCAGGGUUGUCCAGGUGCAUUCAGUGAGGCUGCUGCCCUCAAAGCUUACCCUCGGUGUGUAGCUGUUCCCUGUGAACAGUUUGAAGUUGCAUUCAAGGCUGUUGAACUUUGGCUAGUUGAUAAAGCAGUUCUUCCAAUUGAGAAUUCUGUAGGUGGAAGCAUCCAUAGGAACUAUGACUUGCUUCUCUGCCAUAGGUUGCAUAUUGUGGGUGAGGUGCAAAUGGCUGUUAACCAUUGCCUUAUGACUCUUCCAGGUGUGAAAAAGGAGGAGAUAAAACGUGUUUUAAGCCACCCACAGGCACUUGCUCAGUGUGAGAUUGCAUUGAGCAAGUUAGGUGUUAUUCGAGAAAGCAUUGAUGAUACUGCUCUUGCUGCUCAGCUUGUAGCCUCAAAUGAUCUAAAGGAUGCUGGAGCAGUUGCUAGCGCUCGAGCUGCAGAAAUAUAUGGGCUCAAGAUAGUUGAAGAAAGGAUUCAGGAUACACCCGACAACAUUACUCGUUUCCUUAUUUUGGCCAGGGAGCCUAUAAUUCCAAGAGCAGAUAGGCUCUUUAAGACAAGCAUUGUCUUCACUCUUGAAGAAGGUUCUGGAGUAUUAUUUAAAGCCUUGGCAGUCUUUGCUCUAAGGAAUAUAAAUCUGACAAAGAUUGAAAGCAGGCCACAAAGAAAGCGUCCUUUGAGGGUUGUUGAUGACUCAAACUAUGGCACUGCCAAGUACUUUGAUUAUCUAUUCUACAUUGAUUUUGAAGCAUCCAUGGCUGAACCUCGUGCACAAAAUGCCUUGGCUCACCUACAGGAGUUUGCGACAUUCCUUCGAGUUCUCGGCUCUUAUCCAAUGGACACCUCUCUGUAAAUGUCUUGCUUUGUAGAGACUACUUUGCAGACACAACCCUGUCUAUAUUGCUGUGUCAGGGCCCAGACAAAGUUGAUUCAUGCUCGAGUUCUUUCCAGCUAGGUCUUAACCUAUCAGGUUGAGUAAGGGGACCUUUACUAGCAGCAAUGAACUCCACAGAGGAGUCGGACUGCAACAUCUUUCCUUUCUGAGUUCGUCUCAAGAUUUUGGAAGCUUAUUACUAACCUCAUCAAUAUUGUUAUGUGAUCAAAAUAUUUCUGAAACUUAUUGUACCUCUUUGCUGCUUUUGAAAUUUUGGAAUGCAGCAAUCCCCUUGAGAAGUCUAAGCAGCUGAUUGGCCAAUAAUAGGCUUAAAUUUGCUUCCAGGACUGCUGAUACUUCUUAAAUUUACUCUCCUUUUCUUUGCAUUCAUUUACCUUACUGUAGGGAUUAUGUGAAACCUAAAGGGAGACUUGUAAAUGUUUCCUGGCACAAGUUUCUUAAUAUAUUGUUCUUGAACCGGAAUUGU